GGUGAGGCCGGGGCGUCGCCUGCGUUCCGCGGAGCCGCAGCUAUGCAGCCCAAGCGUUGGCGGGGGUGGCGAACCGGAUCGCAUCUCAGCUCCCUCCCGGACGAGCUCAUCCUCCUCAUCCUCACCCUCAUCGGAUGCACAGCCACCGCCGCGCGCACCAGCGUCCUCUCUCGCCGGUGGCGCGAUCUGUGGAUUCAUCUUCGCCGGAUCGUCUUCCACAACAUCGCGCCGUCGGCUGCAUCGGCGAUCGGCCGCGUCCGUGGCCCCGCGCCCGCGGUGUCCCUCCUGGAAGUCCGCAUCCCCAGCAGGCAUCUCGGGCCCAUCGGCGCCACGGCCAGCAGGCUGCUCCGCGCGGCCGUCCGGCUGGAGCCGGAGGAGAUCGUGCUGAGCUUCCCCUGGAGCGUGGAAUUCGAGGCCCGGCAGCUCAACCUCGUCCGGCUGCCGUGCUUCCGGCGCACCACAUCGCUCACGAUGGAACGGCUUCUCUUCUACUGCCCCGACGGCGAGGGCGAGUUCACGGCGCUCCGGACGCUGUCCAUUUCCUACGGCCUGGGCGGCCUCCACAGCUUGCUCCCCCGAUGCCCGCACCUGCGGGUGCUCAGUCUCAAGUUCGUCAAUGACGGCUUCGGACUUGUCCAGAAUGGGUCGAUCUCACUGCACUUGCCGUGGCUGCAGGAGCUUUUGCUUGAAACCAGCAUAGUGCACACGGAUGCAAUCGACAUCGUCGCCCCUCUGCUGAAGCGAUUGACUGUGUCGUUUGGCACUUACAAGACGGUGAGCAGCAUCGCCAUCUCGGCUCCAAUGGCGGACAAGGUUUCGUGGGAGUGGUGGUAUUUCGGGGCCCGGAGCAGCGUCCAGUUUGGUUUUUGGAGCCUCCAGAGGUUGUGGCUACACACAGGAGAGAGAGGGGGACAGCUUCCAUCGCUCCACAUUCAUGCAUCCCAGAGAUGGUUUAUUUCCAAUGAAGACACCUUUGCGCAGGAGGUAGAGAAGCACAUGGUUUAUGAUUUCUCUGUUUUGGAGCUACAUCUCCUAAAAUCCGGACAUGUGUUUGGAGCACUCGUAUUUCACCUCCUCGGGAUUAUUCGUCUUUCCAGAAAUAUACAGAGGCUUAAGAUUGUCCUAGAGAAAUCGAUGCUGAAAGGAAAAUGCUCGCCACACUGUACAUGUGAGUCCACUAACUGGAGAUCUCAAACUAUCUCCUUGACUGCUCUCGAAGAAGUGGAAAUCAAUGGCUUCAAAGGACAGGAACAUGAGUUUGAUUUACUGAAAUUGUUACUCAAAUGUGCACCAGUGCUUAAAAAAAUGAUAGUGCAACUGUCACAUGAGGCGUCAUCUAAUAAUAGUGCAAGCGCUAAAAUAUAUAAGAUCUGCAGGGCCUAUUCUUCAGUGGAAUGCUAUGUUUAUGAGAGCUCUGGGUUAAUGCAUGGCAGCCAAAUUUCUCCGUUGACAUGAUUCAUGUCCUUACAUUUAAGGAUUCUAGUGAUCAUCGACAAACACCAUCCUUUUCCUAUUCUGAACAACUCAAUUACCUAGUCUCAAGAGUUUGAUUGGUUGCUUGGAUUGAAUUGAUCAUCCAGAUGUUGCUUUGCCAGUGUAUUUUAGCUCUUUAUUGGGAGCUCAGUUAAAUCUUGAUUGGUUUCUAUGCACUCAA